AGGUGGCAUGAAACGUCCUGUUUGUAAGCAUAUACAUAAGGAAUGCUCUUGGCACACCUUGAUAAGUUACUUUGGCCUAAACAUCGAUUGCCUCUUGUAAAAACCUAAAUGGCAGCUCAGAAAAGGAAGUCUAUGUUAGUUGAGCCUUCUGCUAAGCGUCCAAAGCUGGACAAGAACAGCAAACCAUCAUCGGCGAAGAAGGAAAAAGAGGUGUCAGAUACAAAACAUGUCUCAAAUAAAUCAAAGCCUAAUCAGUGUGCAGUGCAGGAGAAAACUGUGCUCAAAACCUCUGUCAAAUCAAACAGUGACAACACCAAUGAACCUGAACUAGGAAUGCGCAUGACUACAAGAUCAUCAGGAUUCAACUCGAAUACUAAAACAGUACCUGACAAAAAGGUCCAACAGCAGUCUAAAUCUACAAAAAAUAAGGAGGUAUGCCAGAAAACAUCUGUGCAAGAAAGUCCUAAGUCAAAAUGCAUAACUGAGCCAAAUGAGCCAGUAAUGAGGAGAUCACAGAGGCUGCAACAGUUAACACACGUACAUGUACCAGCAAGAUCACUGCGCAACAGAGAAGUUAAAGAAGAAAAAGCUCUGCAAGUUAAACAGAGUAGCCAAGCAAAAAAACAUACUCGCAGUAUUUCAGCAAAAGUACUUAAAUCUGCUGGAGAAAAAAAGGAACAGAAAAACACAAAAAUAAAGCCAGACAAUACAGAUAAGGAUAAAGAAACACAUGUAGAAGUGACCAGCUCUCUGAAAGAGAAAAAAUGUAAAGCAGACAAUAAAGAUGAUGAUUCCAACAGUUUUCAGCACAGCCUUCAAGGGUCAUCAUUAUGUCCUGAUGAGAAUCUUGAGGAAGUUAAGAAAGACCAAACGGACUCUGUAUCUCCUAUUCCUAGCAACACAAUAAAAGAGGAAACAGAUUCUCUUAAGCCAAAUCCUAAGACAGUAACUAAGGAAAAGCAGCAAAUACAUCAGAACGUAAAAAACAGUACAAAACAAAAAAAGAUUUCACAGCCAUCUGUAAGUGAAACAAAUGUGGCUGAUCAACCAGAGAACGAUGCAAAAUCCAAAAGGGUAAGCAUCCUUGAACUUUGUGAAGAAAUCGCAGGUGAGAUUGAGUCAGAUACAGUAGAGGUGAAAAAAGAUUCCGCUAAUGCUGAGUAUAGCAAAACAGAAGAAAAGCACGCCAACCUACAGCUUCAACAAAGUGAAAUGCUUACUCAGAAAGAACCUAGUCAAAGUACUCAAUGCAAACGUUUUUUCCCUAGCAAAAAAGCAAUGCCUGUCAAAUGCACUCUGAACGGUAGAAAUAACUCCUCAAACAAAAACUCUAAAUGGACCAAAAUUAAAUUACUGAAAGCUAGUAACAUGAGGCAAGGUAGCUUAAAUUCUGCAAAUGCCCCUAAGCUUUCUUUGUUAAAAGAUUACCCUGAAGUUUCAGAGGCAAGUCAAAUAGCUACAGAAGUAGAGCUUUCAAAGGCACAAGGCAAGCUGUCAUUAACAGGACUCUCGGAGAAUGAAAGUGCAACUUGUGUGCAGGAGAAAUCAGAUCCUUCAUCUGAAAGAGCUGGAGCUAAAGAAGUGAUAUUAGAAACAAAACAGCCCACAAAGAGAAGUGCAGAAAACGGUUUGUUGCGUAAUUUGACAAAACAUUUGUGUGAGCCAAGACCAGAUGAGAACUUUCGAUUACAUCUGGAAUCAAGUCCAGAAAGUUCUCCAGUAAAGUGUGUUACAGCUCCUAAACCACCAAAACAAUUAAAAAAAGAACCUGGAGAAAGUGAACCUCAAGGCUUGGCUCCCAAGCAGUUGACGCAAACUUCAUUUACAAAUCAAACUUCUGAAACUGAGAACAGGCUUCCAUUGUCAAAUCCUUCAUUAGCAUCAAAAUGCAGUAAUUUCCUACCAUCCGAGGAACAUAUUCAGAAGCUAAAAGAAGCAGGAAAAGAUGGAGAUAAGCAGCUGAUCAUAGAUGCAGGACAGAAGAGAUUUGGUGCUAUUUCCUGUAAUAUUUGUGGAAUGCUUUACACUGCGUCAAAUCCAGAGGAUGAAACCCAACAUCUGUUAUUUCAUAACCAGUUCAUAAGUGCUGUCAAAUAUGUGGGUUGGAAAAAGGAGAGAAUUUUGGCUGAAUAUCCUGAUGGAAAGAUAAUAAUGGUUCUUCCCGAUGACCCAAAAUAUGCACUUAAAAAGGUUGAAGAAAUUAGAGAAAUGGUAGACAAUGACUUGGGAUUUCAGCAAGCUCCGCUCAUGUGUUACUCUAGAACUAAAACUCUUCUUUUUAUUUCUAACGACAAAAAAGUUAUCGGCUGUUUAAUUGCAGAACAUAUCCAGUGGGGCUACAGAGUUAUAGAAGAGAAGCUUCCAGAAGUCAGUUCAGAAAAUGAGAAAGUCAUAUUUGAAAGACAGAAAGCGUGGUGCUGUUCAACCUCUCCAGAACCUGCUAUUUGUGGGAUUAGUCGAAUAUGGGUAUUCAGCAUGAUGCGUCGAAAGAAGAUUGCUUCUCGGAUGAUAGAAUGUCUUAGGAGCAACUUCAUCUAUGGUUCAUACUUAAGUAAAGAAGAAAUCGCUUUCUCUGACCCCACUCCUGAUGGAAAACUCUUUGCAACGCAGUACUGUGGCACCGGUCAGUUCCUGGUAUACAAUUUCCUCAAUGGACAGCACCAGACUUAACUGCUCUCAAAGGAAUUCCGU